AUGGCCCGCACCAAGGUGAAAGACUCGCAGAUCGACGGUGAGCUGGUCUACGCCUACGCGAAAACAGAGAGGUUGGGAGAGAUGGAGGAGUUCAUCAGCGGCACCAACACUGCCAACAUCCAGUCCGUCGGCGACCGCCUCUACGAUGAGAAGUUUUACAAGGCUGCCAAGAUCUUGUACGCCUCGAUUCCAAACAACGGACGCCUCGCCUCCUGCCACGUGCAGCUCGGAGAGUACACCCAGGCAGUUGAGGCGGCGAAGAAGGCAAACAACCCAAAGACCUGGCAGGAGGUGAACCUGGCCUGCGUCAAAGCGGAACAGUUCCGCUGUGCAGAGAUUGCAGGGCAGCACAUCAUCGUCCACCCAGAUCACUUGGAGGAGGUCAUCGCGCAGUACGAGAAGUCUCGGCCCCGCUUGCUUUGCACCUGCGACUCUUGGGGACCUCUGAGCCUCGAGAGUUUGCUUGGGCUUUUCAGAGCCAGAGCUGUGAUGAUCGACCUCCGGGACGUCGCGCGCCGCGUGGCCCUGGCCUUCGGCGCCGGUUUCGUGGUGGUGGUCCCGGCUGCAGCAAGGAUGCUGAGGCGCUGGCACUCUGCCGUAGACGUUCGAGAGCCAUCGGAGGAGGUGCGCGACAAUCUGCCCGGGACCUUCGAGCGACAUCUUCCAGGGCUCAGAGGCAAGAUUGCGCAUUACCAGCUGGGUGAGUUCCCCACGCCUAUCGGGACACUGAGCUUCGAGGAUCCCAAGACCGAAAAGACCUUCGUGGUCUCCCUCAAGCGUGAGGAUAUGUCAAGCACGCUCUACGGUGGCAACAAAGUUCGAACCCUUGAGUUUCAGCUCGCCUGCGCUGCCGAGGCCAUAAAGGAUGUUCAUGGCGGCGGAGCCAUCUCACCAGUUGGGGGGCCAGGAAGCAAUCAGGUUGUCGCAACCCAGAUCUAUGCAGCCCACUUCGGUUUGCCUUGCUCCAACCUCGUGGUUGCCCCAGAAGGCCCGGCGCUGGACAACGCCUUAAACAUCAUGUCCAUGAUCUCCUUGCCUGGCUGGACGGGUGCAACAUGGGCCGAGGGCUUUACGCGCGUUCUGCAACAGUGCUCCGAUGCCUUGCUUCAUGGACUGCCCCUUCCGCCGGGGGGAAACAACAGAGUCGGCGCCCUCGGCCACGUUGGGGCCAUCUUGGAGCUCUGUGAGCAGCUUGGAAAUGGCACCCUGAAAAGACUUCCUCGGCACAUCUUCCUUCCCCUGGGCUCAUCAUGCACAACUGCCGGGCUCCUGUGUGGGAUAGCUCUUGCACGCAAGCUGCAGCUCGGAUUCACGGACGAAGUCAUGGUUCACGGUGUUGUGAUCCACCAUGCGCUGGCCAAAGUGCCGGCUAUUGGGAGGUGGUUGAUAAGGACGGUGGCGCAUUCUGCGUUGGACCUUGUUCAAGAGCUGGCCGGCAUCGAUGCGCAUGAGGAGCUCGAGGUGUUGCUGAACACGAGCCUCACAAUCCAUUCCUCCUACGCAGGGAGCUAUGGCUCCUGGACCGCAGCCGGGCUUCUUGCGAAGGAAGUUGUGAGUGCAGCUCACCUCUCGGAGCCGCAGCCCAAACCCUGGAUGUGCUCGACCUUCUCCUCCAAAUGCUUUGCGGCAAUGCUGGACUUCAUCCGCGCUGCAGGCAAUCUUGAGGAAGGGGAUGUCCUACUCUGGUGCACGAAGUCGCUCAUCCAACCUCGCGGCCAGAUCUCUGCCACCACAGCUUGGGAAAGAGUGCUGAAAAUGCCAGGAGGGGCCCAACGAUACAUGAGAAGAUCUGGCGUCCCUCACGAGGCGGAGUUUACAGAGCUGUGGUCCAGACGGCUGCAGAGCAAGCUGUGA